AUGUAUGUAGCCCUACAAGACAUCAUGGACUUCUUGAUGUGAUGAAGUAGGAUGUAACCACCUUUAAAAUUUCUUGCCUGAAAAAUUGAACCUGAAGCUAAUCUAACCUCUAGAUCUAACUAUCAGUCACCAGCAAGGGGAGGAAGUAAAAGAACAAGGUAAAUGACAUCAUGAGGAGGCAAUCAGAGGACAUUUUACAGACAAAGGAAUGAAGAAAUAAAUCAGUGGCAUGAAAUAAAAAGGGAGGGAGACUCAAAAUGUAGUAUGUGUAUCUUGAAUCCUGUUUUUAAUGAAACCAAAUGUAAAAAGACAUCUUUGAGACAAUCAGAAAAUUUGAAUAUGCACUAGGUUUUACAUGAUGUUAAGUAAUUGCCUGUGCUAUUCUGUUAGGUGUAAUAAUGGCAUAGUGUUUAUAUUUGAAGCAAUCCAUUAUCAGAGAUGCCUAACUGAAGGAUUUUUGGGUGAAACAGAAUAAUGUCUGGGAUUUGCUUUAGGGGAAAGCUAGAAAAUGUAGUCUUUUAGCUGGGCACCAUCACGUCUGGAAGGAGAGAAUGAAUACUGAGGGCAACUAGCCAUUUCUUUCACAACCAAUGAGAUUAUGAAUACAGUCAUAUGCUGCAUAGUGAUAGCUCUGUCGAUGGUGGACUGCAUAUGAUGAUGGUGGUCCCAUAAGAUUAUAAUGGAGCUGAAAAACUCCUCUUGCCUAGUGAUAACCAUUGUAACAUCAUAGUGUAUUUAUUUUUUAAUAAAUUUAGUGUAGCAUAAAUGUAUAGUGUUUAUAAAAUCUGCAGUAGUGUCCAGUAAUGUCUUGGACCUUCAUACUCACUCACUACUCACUGACUGACUCACCCAGAGCAACUUCUAGUCCUGUAAGGACUAUUCAUGGAGUUAUUUUAUACAGAAAUCUUGUGAGACCGCUGCACAAACAGGGUGAUGAUUGUACAAAGAGUGGUAUUGAAUUCUCGACCUGGAAAAAAUGGUAAUCCAGUGGCAGAGAAUUUCCGAAUGGAAGAAGUCAACUUACCAGAUAAUAUCAAUGAAAGACAAGUACGAGUUAGGACUCUUUAUCUUUCUGUGGAUCCUUAUAUGCGUUGUAGAAUGAAUGAAGACACUGGCUCUGAUUAUAUAACACCUUGGCAGCUGUCUCAAGUGGUUGAUGGUGGUGGUAUUGGAGUUAUAGAAGAAAGCAAACACACAAAUUUAACUAAAGGCGAUUUUGUGACUUCUUUCUAUUGGCCCUGGCAAACCAAGGUUAUUCUGGAUGGAAAUAGCCUUGAAAAGGUAGAUCCACAACUUGUGGAUGGACACCUUUCAUAUUUUCUUGGAGCUAUAGGUAUGCCUGGUUUGACAUCCUUGAUUGGGAUACAGGAAAAAGGUCAUAUAACUGCUGGAUCUAAUCAGACAAUGGUUGUCAGUGGGGCUGCAGGUGCCUGUGGAUCCUUAGCUGGGCAGAUUGGCCACUUGCUUGGUUGUUCCAGAGUACUAGGAAUUUGUGGAACACAUGAGAAAUGCCUCCUUUUGACCUCAGAACUGGGCUUUGAUGCUGCAAUUAAUUAUAAAAAAGGGAAUGUGGCAGAACAACUCCGUGAAUUAUGCCCAACUGGAGUAGAUGUUUACUUUGACAAUGUUGGCGGUGACAUCAGUGAUACAGUGAUAAGUCAGAUGAAUCAGAAUAGCCACAUCAUCUUGUGUGGUCAAAUUUCUCAGUACAACAAAGAUGUCCCUUAUCCUCCACCACUGCCCCCUGCGAUAGAGGCAAUCCAGAAAGAAAGAAACAUCACAAGGGAAAGAUUUAUGGUGUUAAAUUAUAAGGACAAAUUUGGGCCUGGCAUUCUGCAGCUGAGUCAGUGGUUUAAAGAAGGAAAACUAAAGAUCAAAGAGACUGUGAUAAAUGGAUUGGAAAAUAUGGAGGUAAGAUGAAUUUAGAUUUACUUAUGACAGUAUAUACAUGUGUUCAGCACAAAUAUUC